AUGCCAGCUAACACCGGUUCUGUAGUGGUAGCUAUGUCUUUUCGUAAAGAGUGCGAACGCGGCGCCGCGAUGAAUUUGUUCCCUCUGGAGACGCCGUCCGCGCGCCCGCCUCGGUCAAGUCACGUGACCGAGGCUUGCAGUGAAGGAGGAAGUGUUUUGCCGAGGGGUCUUGGGCUGGGGCGGACAGUGUACGGGAUGGAGGCGACUUUGGAGCAGCAUUUGGAGGACACAAUGAAGAAUCCAUCCAUUGUUGGAGUCCUAUGCACAGAUUCACAAGGACUUAAUCUGGGCUGCCGUGGUACCCUGUCGGAUGAGCAUGCUGGAGUGAUAUCUGUUCUCGCCCAGCAGGCAGCUAAGCUGACCUCUGACCCCACUGACAUCCCUGUGGUGUGUUUAGAGUCAGAUAGCGGGAAUGUUAUGAUCCAGAAACACGAUGGCAUCACAGUGGCUGUGCACAAAAUGGCCUCUUGACAUCUGAUGCCAGCUCUCCAGUGGUCUCCCACCGGGAUUCAGUCAUGCCUGUCUCAGUUAACUUGUAAAACUAUUAAAGUUCCAGAAAUCGGGCCAUUCACUUAA